CACGGGUGUUCUUCAAAAAUGAAGAGAACGAUAGAUCUGGUUGAAGAAGAAGAUCACGAGAGUGAACAUGAAGAAAGCGAAAGUUCUGGUGAUGAAAGCGAGGAUGAGGAACCAAGAAUAAAAGAAGAACCGAGAAUAAAAGAUGUUUUGAGUCAUCUUUCCCGAGCAGCGCCGGAAAAGCGUGCUUCUGAUUUGCUGCAUAGUAUGGUUGCGUCCAAAGAUAUUCUUUUGUGGACCCCCAGCGGACAAUUACUUCGAAAUAAACGCACUAUUCCCGUCACAAACAUCGCUGAGCUAGUUGAGCAUGUGUUACUCCCUCAUAACAAUGAUGUUACAAGGCCUCGUGCGCUGAAUACGUUUCUAGAUGGACUUGCAGAGUUAGGAAUCCAUAAAGGUUUAAUCAAGAACAAAAAGUUGUUAAGUGAUUUAAUAGAAAAGGAAAAAGGCUACCAAAAUGUAGAAAAUACUUCCGAUAACGAGAGUAAUAAUGAGGAGAGUUCAUCGGAUAUUGAAAAUCAGGAGGAGGAGGAGGAAGUGGCUUCUGAGAAUGGCGUUGAAGCGGAAGACACCCAAGAGUGCGACAACGACACUGAAAACGACAGUCAGGAGAUAGAAAGUAGUAACCCUGAAACGUCCACCACCUUUCACUCCAAAAGUCCCUGUGAACACUGCGAAAACUCUAAUGUGUACGGGACAUUGAUCAUGAAAUGUCCUAAAUGCCUUUGGCACAAUUACUACAAGAUUUGUCCUAUAUGCGAUCACCAGAUUCCCGAGGGGAGACAUUACAUGAAAGAGGGCUUUCUUCCGUGUCACGAUUGCGGAGCAGAUACACACAAAAACGCGAAAACGUUGGAAACCAAUUUCUAUGCCCCUUCUACAGAGGAGAACGAAGAUGAAGAUUAAUUAAUUUCCAUUCCUGUGUAUUUGACUCUUUU